AUGGAAGGUACUCCGCUGGACGGUGUUGGGGUGGGUUACUGUGGCGGUCCGACGGGUGCCACUACCCCUGACGAGACGGAUGCCACGAAUAACAACCACCACAACAGUCAGCAGUCCGGCUUGCACCCGAAUAGUACUACUAGUUCGUCGACCACCACGACCACUACAACGACCAGUAACAACAUGAAUAACAACAACAAUACAACUACGGAUAUGAUGGAUGCGAUGAAAAGAAAAUGGGUUUUAUUCCAAGCCAAUCUGGACACGAUGUUACAAGGGAUAGGGUUCCCGCAACCCUUCAACAGGCGUCGGACCGGAGAAGGGUCAGGAGGAGGCGGCGGCCCCGGCACGGGAGGAGGAGACAAAGAAAGCACGGCUCUGACGACGACGGAUGAGAAGAAAAGGAAUCAUAACGACACUACCAGCAGCAACCCCAGUCGUGCAAAUGCCCAUCAUCAUCAGGCACAACUUCAUCAUCGUACUGGAGAAGCAGCCGCGACUAACAGCAGUUCUUCGACUUCACCUUCUGAUGCCGCGGUGGUCGUCCAGCAGGAACACAUUGAAAUGGCUCUGCUGAGUCAAGGAGAGCUUCGGCUUGGAGUCGGACACGAUUUCAUCUUGAAACAACUUUCUAACCCGACUUGGUGCGACAAAUGCGGCGACUUUAUCUGGGGAGUCUACAAACAAUGCCUCAAAUGCAGACGUAAGUUUGUAUUUUUUUCUUUCUUUCUUUCUUUUUCAUCCAACCCUCCAUCUCUUUUCAACAUGUCCUUCCGUCACCCCCCCUCUCUCUCUUCUUUUUUUUUUGACUUUUCCCACGUUGAAAUCUUCGUGUGA